AUGUCAGAGAAUAUCACAUUAUACACUGCGGGAUCUCCUAAUGCGAAGAAAGUAUCCAUUUAUCUUGAGUUAUUGGGGUUGAAGUAUAACAUCAAAACCGUAGAUAUGGGCAACAACGAGCAAAAGUCCCCAGAAUACUUGGCCCUCAAUCCAAACGGUAAGGUCCCAACUUUGGUGGAUUCUUCUACUGAUACUACCAUUUCUGAAUCGGCUGCAAUUAUGACAUAUUUGUCAGACAAGUACGACAAGGACAGAAAGUUCAGCUACGAGGUAGGAACUAAGGAGUACUACAAACAGUUGGAGAUCGCUUACUUCCAGGUAGGUGGAAUUGGACCUAUGGAGGGUGAGGCCAUGCUAUAUAUAUUGUUCAGCUCGGAUGACGUCCCAGUUGCGAAAGAACGGUACAGAAACGAAACCCGCAGAUUGUAUGGGGUUGUCGAAGAAUAUUUAAAGCGGAACGCAGCUAACAGCCCAUACUUUGUGGGAGAUCAUAUUUCGAUCGCUGACGUCUGUGUGGUGACUUUCUUACCCAUCUUACCACGUCUUGGAAUUGAGUAUGACGAGUUCCCAUUAGUGAGAAAAUGGUUGAAGCAUAUGAUCUCGAUUGCCGAGGUGGUGAAAGGGUUCAACGUCCCCAAUCCUCCACCUAUUUGGCCUGAGCUUUAG